CGCCGGUGCCUUUGUGCGCUGCGCCGCGGCCACGCCCCUCUCGGCCACCACUUUCCGCCCCGGGGCUCUUGUGCCUUAUCAACCUGGGAAGAGUUGUGCAGAGAUGGGGUCAGGUGGGAAGUUGCGGGUCACGGUGGACUGUGAAAGAGGCGGAAGUUCAGACUGAGAUUUAUGCCCAAGUGAACCCGGGAGUUGAGCAGCUGUCACCAGAGCACUGUCUUGUUCUGGUGCCCGGGACCCUUCACUGCUGUCGGCCUCGAAGGUCCUGGGUUCCUGCCUUCUAGCUGGUCUGUUGGGCUUUGAGAAGGAGCUCUGCUGAGCGUGGUUUUUGGGGAGGCACAGGGUCCAAAGCCCUUUUACUUUCUGAGGAUGGGAAGAUCCUGGCAGAAGCAGAUGGACUGAGCACAAACCACUGGCUGAUUGGCACAGACAAGUGUGUGGAGAGGAUCAACGAGAUGGUGGACAGGGCCAAACAGAAGGCUGGAGUGGAUCCUCUGGUACCCCUUCGAAGCCUGGGCCUGUCCCUGAGUGGUGGGGAGCAGGAGGAUGCAGUGAGGCUCCUGAUAAAGGAGUUGAGGGACCGAUUUCCUUGCCUGAGUGAAAAUUACUUAAUCACCACUGAUGCAGCAGGUUCCAUUGCCACAGCUACACCGGAGGGUGGGAUUGUGCUCAUCUCUGGAACAGGCUCCAACUGUAGGCUUGUCAAUCCUGAUGGCUCUGAGAGUGGCUGCGGUGGCUGGGGCCACAUGAUGGGAGACGAGGGCUCAGCUUACUGGAUUUCACACCAAGCUGUGAAGAUUGUGUUUGACUCUAUGGACAACCUGGAGGCAGCUCCUCAUGAUAUUGGCUAUGUCAAACAGGCCAUGUUCAACUAUUUCCAGGUGCCAGAUCGGCUGGGAAUUCUCACCCACUUGUAUAGGGAUUUUGAUAAAUCCAAGUUUGCUGGGUUUUGCCGGAAAAUUGCAGAAGGUGCACAGCAGGGAGACCCUCUUUGCCAGCACAUCUUCAGGAAGGCUGGUGAGAUGCUGGGCAGACAUAUUGUAGCAGUGUUGCCAAAGAUUGACCCGGUUUUGUUCCAAGGGAAGCUUGGCCUCCCCAUUCUGUGUGUGGGCUCAGUGUGGAAGAGCUGGGAGCUGCUGAAGGAAGGCUUUCUCCUGGCGCUGACCCAGGGCCGAGAUCUGCAGGCACAGAACGCUUUCUCCAGCUUCACCCUGAUGAAGCUCCGGCAUUCUUCUGCCCUGGGGGGUGCCAGCCUCGGUGCCAGGCACGCUGGACACCACCUUCCCAUGGACUACAGCACCAACGCCAUCGCCUUCUAUUCCUACACAUUCUAGAGUCUGCCCACCUCCCCAUCCCAUGACCGUGAACGUUGGAAGGGGGUCUUCCUCUUCAGAAAUACAUGUGGAAGAAAUAAAUGCACUUUACUCCCUUCCUCAGGA